AAUGUUUAUUGUGAAUUAGGAUAUUUGAUGAUGUUAGAAGACAGCAGGCAAGUCAUCUCUAUGAGUAUAGUUUUACAGAACAUACUCUGUGUGUAACUGAUAUCAUCAUGGGUUAUGGUGGAGGCAACGCAAUUAUUGUGUCGGCUUCUGAGGACCGGACAUGUAAGGUCUGGAGCUUAUCAAGGGGAAGAUUAUUAAGAAACAUUGUAUUUCCUUCCAUCAUUGCUGCAAUUGCUCUAGACCCUGGUGAACAUGUCUUCUAUGCUGGAAGUCGAGAUGGUAAAAUCUAUAUUGCUGCACUGAAUGCCGAAAGUUCACCUAGCAACAGUUAUGGGUUGCACAUCAUCGGUUCAUUAUCUGAUCACAGUAAAGCUGUUACUUGCUUGGCAUAUAGUGCAGAAAGAAAUUUGCUACUAUCCGGAUCAGAGGAUGGCAUGGUUCGAGUUUGGGAUGUGAAAACCCAAAACAUCAUUCGCAUGUUCAGACAUGCCAAAGGCCCUGUGAACAAUAUUCUCAUUGUUAGUCGUCCACUCUCCCUUGGUCGGGCAGUAUCAAAUGCGCAAGGUUCCUCAAGAAGGCAUGGAUCAUCACUCCCACCUCCACUAGAAAAAUAUGCAAAUUCAACAGAUGAAGACAUGGAUAAUAAAGCUAUCCUUACUCUCCCAGCUGCUAGCAACCUUCCUCCUGAUGCUGCAUACCUCAGUUCUCAGCUAAUCAAUGAUCACAUUAAAGAGCUUCAGCAACAAGGCUCUUCUGCUGCAGCUGAAAUGGAGGUGGAGAUACUGAAGCUUGAUUGCAAAAGAUCUAUGCAGAUGGUUCAGCAAUGGAAACAAAAUUAUGACAACUUGCAAGAGUUCUGCGUCAAUGAGCUCUUAGAUGGGGAGGAAAUGGGAGGAUCCAAAGGGAACUCACCCUAACACAGUUUUCUUGUUAUUAUAACCCCCUUGUUUGACUUAUUAUUUUUUGCUCAUUUCUAAUUUUCAUUGGGGAAUUAGUUUUGUAUGUUUAUGAUACACGAUAGUAAACAAUGUUGUGGCUGUAUCAAAUACAAUGUAACAAGAAGGCCAUAGCAAAUUUUGUACCUUCGUUGUGGAACAUACUCUAGAAAGAUUAUGAAGAUUCAUGACAGGUGUGCAAA